AUGGACAGAGACAUCAUGGCGUCGGAAGUGAGUGCCACUCUCAACCGCAUCAAGACUACCGCGGCCGCCGGCGAUGACCCUAUCACCAACAAUAUGAUCCGCAACCUCGACGACCAGUCGGUCGCUGCACGUACGGACCUUUUCAACUACGACUGGCAUGAAGGUCGCCUUCCAGACUCCUGCAAGCAUGCCAAGUCAGGGAGGAUCUCCUCCCCCACCAUGUUUGGGUUCCGGGCUGGACUCUCUACCCAGGACAUCAUGUGGCAGAUACAACACUACAUACUCAAGCCGGGUCCCAUCCGGGCGACACACACCAUUCUCGGCCUCGACGUCAGUAAAGCGUUUGACAACGUGUCGCACGCUUCUAUACUGACCAACCUCUCGCGGAUGAAUGUAGGCACUCGCACCUACAAAUAUAUUGCCAACUUCCUCCACAACCGCACUGCUGAACUCCCCAUUGGAGACCUCUGCAGUGGCAAAGUCACCAAGGGCACUCGGGGCACACCACAGGGAGCUGUUUUGUCCCCUAUGCCAGGCCUUCCCACACUCCUCGACACCAUACCCCACAUUAAGCACUCAAUAUACGCCGACGAUAUCACCCUCUGGACGAACUCUGGCUCGGACCGGGAGAUACAAGAUUCACUUCAACAGGCAAGCGACACCAUCCACACUUACGUGUGGGCAAACGGUCUCGUUUGUUCGCCCACCAAGUGUGAACUGUUAGUUAUACGAGACAAACGUGUUCGUCGACCCGUCCCCGACCCUCAAGAGCCGAUCACGCUCCACAUUGCCACCCACCCCAUACACCCCGUACAGACCAUCCGCGUGUUAGGCAUGCGGGUGCAGAACAACACGCACAACUCGGAAUCCAUCCAACGCCUCCGAACCACAGCUCACCAAAUCAACGGCCUAAUCCGCCGCAUUACAACUCGCUGCAGAGGAAUGCGGGAGACCGACCUCUGCCGCCUCACACAAGCUUACCUCAUUAGUAGCAUUCUCUACACAUACCCUUAUUACCACCUCCGCCGCAAAGACGAAGAGGCGGUAAAUAGCAUCAUCCGCCCGGCGUACAAGGUGGCAAUGGGACUGCCCCAGUCCGCCAGCACACAGCGUCUCCUCCAGCUUGGAGUAUACAACACCCACACAGAGCUGAUAGAGGCACACAAGACUGCAGAGGUACACCUUCUUUCUCGUACCGAACACGGUCGUUACACUCUUAACCGUCUUAACAUCAACCCUACAGGUGAGAACCACCCCACUGCUCGCCUCCCGACUGGAGUCUGCAGUCGGCUGGUCAUCUAA